AUGUUGUCUGCAUUCACCGCCCAGCCCAUUGUUGAGCUGAAACAACGAGACAAGUCCAAAAUCGAAUCCAUCCUUUCUCAUAGCGACCAGUUACUCGUCGGUCUCAACACUGGCGCUCUUCGCGUUUAUCGGAUUAAAAGUCUACCCUCGAGGAGUUCUGAGCUCGAUGAUGAAGCCGAACACCGCCCUCCCACCGCUGAUGACUCGACGCCAAGUACGAAACCCUCCGAACUGCUUCGCGAGUACGAAAAGUUCUCGAAAUACAAGAUCGAACAACUUGCCGUGUUUCGUGAAGCAAACAUUUUGAUAUCUCUGAGCAACGGUCUCGUCUCGAUUCAUGAUCUUGGAACAUAUGAGCUGCUCGAGCAAUUGCCCAAAACAAGGGGAGCGAGUACUUUCGCGGUGACGAGUAAUAUCGUAAAAGAUCCCACAACUGGUGUUCCUACGCUGGUUAGCAGAUUAGCUGUCGCUGUCAAGCGGAGGCUGUUGCUAUGGACAUGGCACGAUGGAGAGCUCGACGGUGAUGCAAUCGAAAUUCCCCUGUCCAACAGCAUCAAAUCAUUGACAUGGGCGACCGGGACGAAAAUCCUCGUGGGCCUCAACGCCAAUUAUGUCCUCGUCAAUAUCGAAACCGAAGAGGUGAAGACCAUCAUCGGCCCGGGUAGUAUUGGUGGCGCUCCCGGUCAGGAGAGUAGCAGACUGGGCGGAACCAUGAGCUACAUUGGAAUGGGGUCUAUGGUGCCGACGCCGCUCGCUACGGGGCUUGGAGAGGAUGAGAUGCUACUGGCAAAAGACAUCAACACACAUUUCAUCGACCGAGAGGGAGAAUCGAUCGGCCGGAGGCAAAUACCAUGGCGGACGUCGCCCCAAGCAGUGGGAUACUCCUACCCCUACCUACUCGCUCUGCAGGAGGCCAGCAAGGGUGUUCUGGAAGUUCGCAAUCCUCGGACACUCACCUUGCUUCAGUCAAUCGAUCUCCCCGGCGCCGUGUUGUUGCAGGUCCCAAACCCCAGUAUCAGCUUGGCCCACCAAGGCAAAGGGUUCUUCGUCGCCAGUGAACGGACUGUUUGGAGGAUGCAGGGUUUAAAUUAUGAUGCCCAAAUUGACUCCCUUGUUGAGAGCGGCUCUCUCGACGAAGCGAUCAGCCUUUUAGACAUGAUUGAAGAGACUUUGAUCGACAACAAGGCAGGACGCUUACGAGAGAUCAAAAUGCAGAAGGCUCAGAAGUUGUUUGAUGAGAAGAAGUUCCGGGAUGCAUUGGAUUUGUUUGGAGAGGUGACCGCACCGCCGGAGCGUGUCAUCAAACUAUAUCCCAAACUCAUCGCUGGGGAUCUGGCUAAAGAUGCGCAUGAGGACGACGCAGAAUCUACAGCACCGUCGAAGACCGAGGACAGCCCGAAGAAGCGUCACAUGAAGACCGACUCAAUCACGAGUCCGGCCACUAAGGCCAAGGAACUUACCUCUAACGCAGACAACAUCAGUGUCAGAAGCGUUGGGUCGGUGGAUCAUAGUGGCAGCGAAGCCCUAUCAGAAAAGGAGCUUAAGGUUGCCGUUCGCGAGCUUCAGGCCUUCCUUGCCGACGUUCGUCGUAGGCUACAGCGCUUUUUCAAUCAGGAUCAAACUGUACGGACUUUAGCCGACGUACAGAACAUCUCUCAGUCGGAAGAUAUUCGUCAAGUGACCGAAUAUCUCCUUGGGCUGCCAACACUGGACGAUAUCGACCUGCCUGAUAGAAUUCUGGCACUUGCACGACUGGUGGACACCACCUUGUUCAGGGCACACAUGUAUGCGACGCCAUCACUUGCAGGUUCGCUCUUCCGAAUCCCCAACUUCUGUGACCCUGAAGUCGUGAUGGCCAAACUCGAAGAAAAUGAGCGGUACAAUGACCUCAUUGAAUUUCUGUACGGCAAACGGCUCCAUCGACAAGCACUGGAGAGACUCCAGAAGUUCGGACAGGCAGAGGAAACAGAAGGCAUUGAUGUUGAAUUGCACGGCCCCGCUAGAACAGUGGCGUACCUGCAGAAUUUGGGGCCAGAGUUGAUUGACAUGAUUCUCGAAUUCGCGAGAUGGCCUCUAGAAACGGAACCUGAAAUGGCGAUGGAGAUCUUCCUGGGUGAUACGGAAAACGCAGAGUCGCUGCCACGGCACACAGUCCUCGCCUUCCUCGAGUCUAUCGACAAGGGAUUGGCCCAACGGUACCUAGAGCAUGUCAUUGACGAGCUGAACGACCUCACGCCAGAUCUACACCAGCAUCUGGUGACGUUGUAUCUUGACCGGCUCCAAGACCCAUCUUGUCAGAGUCGAGACGAAACCCUCGACAAGCUCUUGACACUUUUGAGGACGUCUGAGCAAUACUCCCCCGCAAAAACCUUGGGCUUACUGCCCCGAGACGACGCAGUGUUCUACGAAGCUCGAGCGAUUGUCUUCAGCAAAAUGGGCAAUCAUAAGCAGGCUCUCGAGAUUUAUGUCUUCAAGCUACAUGAUCCAGCAAAGGCUGAGGAAUAUUGCAAUCAGAUCCACCUGGAAGAGACCAUGAAGAACAAUCGCAAGGCUCCUUCGCGGCGAAAGUCGACGACCGAUCCAGUCGACGAACAGCCCUCGAUCUACCACGUCCUUUUGAAUCUCUAUUUGAACCCCCCCAAAGGAGAAAACGCCCUUUGGGGUCCAGCCAUCGAAAUAAUGGCCCGCCAUGGCCCCAGGUUGCCAGCAAGCUCCACGCUAGAGAUGAUCCCUGAAAACUUGACGGUAAGGGACCUCGAGUUCUAUUUCCGGGGACGAAUUCGCAAUGCAAAUAGCAUCAUGAAUGACACGAUGAUAACGGCCGGGCUGAGGAAAGUGGAGGCUGUUCGAGUCCAGGCGGCUCUGCUGCUUGGAGACGGCGCUCCAUCCGGAGGCCGGGGGAGGAAGGUCCGGAUCGACGACGACCGAGUGUGUGGUGUCUGCUACAAGCGCCUUGGUGGCAGUGUCAUCAGUGUGUUCCCCGACAACUCGGUCGUCCAUCUUGGAUGUGCCGUUCGCAAGCAAAAUGAGCUUGCCGGCAAAAGCCAAGGGCCCUAG